AUGGAGCAAGAAGGGCUCUCCCGACCUCCCCGACCCUUGGCCGGGGACAAAAACAAGCGGGAUCAGGGUUUAUACUGUGCAUAUCACCGGGAUGUGGGACACGAUAUGGAGGAUUGUUGUCACCUCAAGAAAGACAUUGAAAAGUUGAUCAGACGAGGCCACCUCGGUCAGUUCAUACGUGACGAACGGGUUGACCAGCGACGGGGGAGGCCCAAAUCAGAUCACCUGAGCUACUCCCGUGGCCCGCCUCAAGGGCUUCGUUGCCGAACUCCCGAGCCGGAAGCUCAGAAUCUGGGUGGGGUGAUCAACACUAUUGCAAGAGGACCGGUUGGGGGGGAUAGUCAUACGGGUCGGCGGCACAACCGCCCUCCUCCCAGCGAAGAAAGCUCGAGCAAACGACUGAAAAUGUACGAGGAGAUCAUCUACGGACCAGAAGAUGCAGUGCCCUUGGCCUCCAAUAACCAUGAAGCCAUCGUGAUAGAGGUCAUCACCUGCAACUACAAGGUAAAGAAGGUAUACAUUGACAAUGGCAGUGCCAUCGACAUGUUGUACUACAAGACUUUUAAAGAGCUGCAGCUAGAGGACAGACAGCUCAUCCCGGUCCAAACUCCUUUGAUUGGCUUUGCUGGUCCUCCGGUAAGACCAGAGGGGAUGAUAACCCUCAUGGUCGUGGUGGGGGUGUCACCAAAGCGCCGAACUGUGCCAGUAAAUUUUGCGGUGGUAAAAGAGCCAUCAUUGUACAAUAUGAUUCUGGGACCACCCACUCUGAACGCCCUCCGAGCUGUUUGCUCCACCUUACAUCUCAGCAUGAAAUUCCCUACUCCAACUGGGGUAGCUGAGGUGCUCGGAGAUCCGAAGGUGGCUAGGACCUGCUAUAUUGCAACUCUCAAGGGCAAGGAAAAAAUGGUGGCUCAAAUAGCUUGCUUGGAGCCCUAG